GCCGCAUCUGUAGCUCAAGAUACCCACAGUGCCCAUAUCCUUGUGCAACACCGUCGAGGUCCACAACAAUGGAAGAAGAAACAACGCAACCUAUCACUAUAACAGAUGCGCCUGAUCGAACAUUUGAAAAUACUAAUACCGUACUUGCAGUCGCAGUCUUUCCAGAUCAACGACAUAUGGUGACAGGCUCAACAGACAAGAUGCUUCGCCUGUGGGACAUGGAGAAUGGCACAGAUUUAUUCAAGAAGAUGGAAGGGCAUCGAGGCAUGGUACGGGCAGUGACAGUAUCGCAAGCCAGAAAUUUGAUAGCAAGCGCCGACCACGGGGACAUAAUCAUCUGGAAUAGAGAUACUGGCGAAUCUCUCACUCCUGCCAUCAAAGCCCACCCCACUGAGUCAUACAUCCGUUCGUUGGACUUUUCACUGGAUGGCAAAACGUUGGUGUCUGGUUCAUCAGACCACAUGACGAAGUUGUGGGACACAGAGACGUGGCAGCAACGAGGAAAUCCAAUCAACUGUAAUGCGGAAGUUUAUAGCGUUCGAUAUUCACCAUCAGGCGAACUACUUGCCAUUGCUACAACCUCUGAUAUUCAAAUUUGGAAUUUGGGGACAAGGGAAUGCAAAGCAACCUUCAAGAAUCGCGUGCACAAAAUCUACGUAGGAACCAGUUUGCCACUUACUUGGAAGCCCGAUGGCACAGGGCUUCUCUCAGGCGGCUGUAGACCAGAUCCAACCAUACGGGAAUGGGAUCUAUCUACCCCGGGGCAGCAGGUCGGCGAUCCCUGGGAAGGCCAUCGUCACGAUAUCAACGCCAUUGCCAUGAACUCUGAUGGUACGCUAGUCGCCUCCGCGUCUACAGACCAUGACGUUCGCCUCUGGCGGCUCUGGGAUCGAAAAACUAUCGCUAUAUUCCGGCACUCCAGCAGCCAGGUGCACUGCGUGACAUUUACUGCAGAUGGCAAACGCAUCCUUAGUGGAGGUGAUGACAAGAAAAUUUCAGAGUGGUCAAUACCCGAACGCGCUUUGUGUGAUGUUAAGAUCCUCACUAUAAACCCAUGCAUAAAAAGGGACUUAUCUACAGCUGAAGAACUGCUAACAAAAGAGAUCGAUGCUGAUCCCAACAACUACAACUCGUACGCCAAUCGCUCAUUUGUCAUGGCGCGGAAGCACGACUGGGGCCGUGCGCUUGAUGAUGCUUCCAAGUCCCUCACUAUUCGACCCUCCCUGACAGGCUAUAUCUCCAAGGGCAUUGCCCUCGGCGGGAAAAAACAGGUCUGGGAUGCAAUCAGGGCAUUUGACCUCGCUUCUAUGUUCACGAACGGAGAUCUGAAUGCCAAUCAUCUCCUUCUCUUGAUCAAGGUAGGUUCGAUGAUUCUCACAUACUCCAUAGUCCAUUGUUAUUUUCAGGCUAUCACACUUUUUAAUGCAGAACAGCAUCAGGAGGCACUUCUGCGCGUCCAAGAGCUGACUGAAGCUUGUCCGAGAGCCGAUACUCGUGCGUGUUUGAUUGUGGAAGCAUAUCUAUGUCUUCAGCUCGGAAUCCGUGCCUCAGAUAAUACGUGUCACGAUGAGGCUGUUACACACUUCACUGCUGCUAUCAAGGCCAGCGAUUCCUCAAGCAAAUUCGCUAUUUAUUCCAAAUAUGAUGACUUUGUCAUGCUCUUUGGCUGGGACCUCACAUCCCUGUGGGAAACUGCAAAUAAGAAACGGUGCCUUGCACUUCUUCGGGCAAGCAGGCUUGAAGAAGCCCUCGAAGCACACCGAUACAUGAUGGACAAAUGUAACGAAAGUACAAAGGCCAACUGCCUUGAUUGGUCUACUGCUUUCAAGCGUCAGUGUGGUGACCGCUAUGCUCAUGACGGACAUGCAGCGUUCAGAGCGAGAGCUUAUGAAGAAGCUAUUAACCUAUAUUCGGCGGCAAUCAACCUGGGCGUCGUAAGCGACAUCAUUUUGGUGAGGCGGGGUGAGGCGAAGUUGGAAAGAAUGCGAUGGGAAGAUGCACUUCCCGAUUUGCAACAAGCAAUCGAACUCAACCCUUCCUCGUAUACUGGAUACAAGUUGAAGUGUGCAGCGCUUCGCGGCUUGAAACGCUUUAAUGAAGCCAUCGACGCCUUCGAAACCAUGCACAAGUUGGGCAUCACUUCCGGAUCGGAAAUACGAAAGUUACACCAAAAUUAUCUUGGUCAAUCAAAAGCAAAAGAAGUCAUUCAAAUGGUUAUUAAGGAUCAAUUAGAAAACGCGCCGCUUCGUCUAAUCAACACCACCACUGGGUUAUUAUGUGAUCGAGAUGCGCAGAUAGACGUAUUCAGCGCAAGCUCGGAGUACAUUGAGCUCUUGUUAUCCACAAUGGAACGCGCAGAACAUCGAACGGAGCACAUCGAAAAAGUGGUAGAGCAGUACUUCCGUUGUGUCACGCUAUCACAUAGGUGGGAAGGAAAAGAGCAGACACUGCGCGAGAUCCAGGAUAGGCCCAUAUACAGUUUUGAUCCAGUUGGGACUGUUGUGAAGUUGCAGAGGUUCUGCGAAGUCGUUCGUGAUUUGGGGUAUCACUGGGCAUGGAUGGACACAUGCUGCAUCGACAAGCAGUACAAUGUGGAACUCGAAGAAUCACUCAAUUCCAUGUUUGUCUGGUAUCGCCACUCAGCGCUUACGAUCGUCUACCUGUCGGAUGUUCGCGAGUCUGGCGCACUGACGAACAGUGAUUGGAACAGGCGAGGAUGGACGAUUCAAGAAUUACUGGCUCCCAAAGUCAUUCUUUUCUAUCAGAAGGAUUGGACACCAUAUCUCGACGACCACUCUUCUAACCAUAAAAUGUCUACUGCUAUCAUGCAGGAGUUGGGGGCUGCGACGGGCAUAGAUCAAGAGUCCCUCACCAACUUCCAUCCAAGCAUGAGUAAUGCCCGAGAGAAACUCAAAUGGGCGUCGACGCGUACCACAACGAGGAAGGAAGACAUCGCAUACUCAUUGUUUGGUAUCUUCGGCGUCCGCCUAUCUGUCUAUUAUGGCGAGAAGGAGCAAUUCGCGCUUGGACGGCUCUUGCAGGACAUCGUGGCUCAGUCGGGUGACAUUACUGCCCUUGACUGGGUCGGAAAACCAUCAAAGUUUAAUAGUUGUCUGCCAGCUGAGAUCGCCUCGUACCAGUACCCGCCAUAUGUGCCGCCACCUCUUUCCGAAGAUGAAAUCCAGACGUCAGUCUCUUCACUGCGAGAUGUCGUGUCUGUGGAUUCCGCUUCGGAACUUUAUGCCCUGCUUAACAAACAAUCCCCUCCUCGUUUUGCGUACCGCCGGCUGCAACUACCCUGCAUGGUAUUCCGUGUCACACAUAUCAGACAGAACCCCACUCAAGAUAAACAGUCAUAUAUCACGUAUGAAGUCAAGGCAGAUGGGCUGCGUGAUCUAUCGAUCAAAACGAAGGAUCAGCUCAAGCAGUUUUGGCCUGGACGACUGAUGCAAACAGAAGUCCUACUUGUCCGUCCUUGGAGCCGUCAUCUCCUCGAGCUGUCUGCGUUGGCAGACGAAUCGCAGAGCGUUGAGGACACAUCCGAACCCCAGUCUGCUUUGCCAGAUCUGUCCGACGGGUCUCUUGGAGAAAAGGGGACGCUUCAUCUGGAUUCUUACUCACAAGCAUUGCGAUUGAUUGUUCGCCUUCGGCAGCAAUUCAAUGCAUUGUUGCUAUAUCAGCAGCUCGGCGGGGAAUAUAAGAGGAUCGCGUCGGAUCAUGAUAUCAUUGCGCACGUUGCAGAAAUGUCUUCUAUUCAGGAUAUGAUGGACGUGAGGACACUAGAGAUAUUGUAGAUUAUAGAUUCUGAAGGACAGAUUGACCCGACUCAAUUUCAAGUUGACAAGCAUUUUUACUUGUGCACGCUAUAUCAUCAUUUAUCCUACUUUCUCACAUUUUGUUCUAUGUACGGACGAUAAGCUUGAUGUUAUUACAUAACCUAUGUUAGUAAUCAAGUACGUACCUUGCGUAG